UUCUUGUUCACAUGGAGUAGCUAGUUAUAUUUCUAAAUAAUUAAUUGGAUGACUGGUCACUGCAAUUCAAACAGCUUGCAUGUUUUUCAAAUUAAAUGUUUGUUCGUGCCAUGAGUUAGAGUCAAUUUAAAAGACGGUUCGUAUCAAGAGUUGGAUUGCACCACGUAUUUGCCUCUGUUUGUAAAACUCGCGUAUAUAUAGAUUUUUUUUCCAAAGAUUGCAACAAGAGAUCAUCAAACAUCUCGUCCUCCCGCGGUGACUCUCGCCGUAAACCAUGGCGGCGGCGGCGGCAGGCCGCAUCCUGCGCACGGCCUCGGCCAUCGUCUCCAAGCCAUCGGCCACCUCCCACGUGCUCAGGAUCGACGGCUACUCGCACCUCGCCGGCGCGCUCCCGUGCGGCGAGUACGCCGACUCGUGCGCCUUCGACGAUGCCGGCGGCCACACCUGGCGCCUCCUGCUCUACCCGAACGGCUACAGCGACGAGCACGAGGGCCACGUCGGCGUGUUCCUCCAGCUCACCGGCGGCCGCGGCCGCGUGCGUGCCCGGCCAUGGUUCAGCCUGCUUGACAGCGCCGGGAAGCCGGGGCCGUCGCGGGACGCCGGAGCUCACGCCUUCAGCUGCCACGGCGAUCCGUGGGGCUUCAUGGAUUUCAUCAGCAGGGAGGAGCUGGAGGGAUCAGAAUACCUUCGAGGCGAUUGCGUCGCCAUCCAAUGCGACCUCGCUCUCACCACCGUUCGAAAGUGCCAUGACGACCCGGUGCUCAUUGCUCAAAAUAUAGUAGAUUAGGUUGCGGUCACACUUAGAAUCUGAGAGUUCAUCCAUUGAAAGUUUGAAUUCAAACAACGCAAUGUGGUUUCGUACAUGCAAUUUGAUUUUGGUGGUGCUGUUUCUGGAUCUUGCGUGAGCAGAGUCAAUAUUCUUCCCUCACAUACAAAGGAGUUUGUUAUCUAAUUAACUUGUCGAAUUCCUAUUGAAAUAUGGGUGUUGUGAUUUGAAAUAGUGGUAUUGUGAUGUGAUAAAAUUUGUUGGAACUUUUAUUUUUAGAGCAAUUUCGUCAUCGUUG